AUGACAGGAAAGAGAGUUAAGCUUGCUUGGAUAGAAAAUAGCAGUGCCCGAAGAGCAAGCCUGAGGAAAAGGAGGCAAGGGCUGGUGAAGAAAGUGACGGAGCUGACCACUCUAUGUGGUGUAGAAGGUGGCAUUGUAAUAUACACUAAAAACGAGGAGGAGCCAAUAGUGUGGCCGUCGCGUGAAGAGAUGGAACAACUGCUACGGAAGUUCAACGAAAUUCCCGAGGUAGAACGCAUGAAGAAAUCGAUGAACUUGGAGACCUACUACAAAGGGAUGAUUUCCAAGUCGCAAGACCAACUAAGGAGGGAAACCAGGAAAACCAAGGAAAUGGAGGUGGGUCAGCUCAUGCUUCAAUUCGAACAAGGCAAGAAGAUAGAUGACUUUAGCGUUAAUGAACUGGAUGACAUGAAGUGGUAUAUGGAAACAAUGAGGACAGACAUGGGGAAACUUAUAGAAUUUUAUGAAAAAUUUCCUCCUCCAUCUGUUGGUCCCAGUCAAGGAGAUGUUCCUUUACCACCACCACCACCCCAAGGCAGUGCACCUGCAGUCGGUCAAAAUAUUGGCAGUGCUGAUGCAGGUGUUGGAGACAAAGACACCUUUGAGGACUUUCCCUGGGAGGAUCCGUUAAACGCCAAUACUAACACCAAUUAUAUUAGAGGUGAAGCUAGCAGUAGCAUACGGAGGGAGAUGGGCUUAACAUAUCAUGAUCCCUUUGCUGCUGUUACCGGGGAUCACUUGACGUUGCCAGGAUCAUCACUUGGCGGCGCUGGUAGCUCAAGUCUCCAUCAGCCAAGGCCCUCACAUGAUGGCAACUCAAGUAUUGCACCUGAGCCGGGGCUGACAGGAUUCUCUUACGGCGGCAACACAAGUGCUGCUAUAGAACCGAGGCCGCCAAUGCCUCCAUUCGGUUAUGAUAGCUCCUCAAGUGUUGGUACUGCUAACCCGGAACUACCCCCAUUUGAGCCUCUUAGCGACGAUCUGCUUAAAGGCGACAGUCUUGGGCCUUUCGACAAUGAUAUGGGGCCGGGACAUUUCCCGUUGGGACCACUGGAAAGCAGUUCUCCUGCAAGUGAUUUUGAAGGGAACCCUUUAAGGUUUUUUGGUGGUGAAAGCAGCAGCCAUGGCGCCGAAGGCAAUCGUGAAACCGGACCAUUUGAUGACAAAAACUAG